AAUUAAAACUGGAUAAGGCCUCUAAAAGACGAGCUCGGUGAUUGGCUCAAAUAAAACCCAUCUGGCAAUAAAAGCGGAUCGUAUUUAGGAAUUUAGCAGACGACGUGUGUCAACAAACGGGCGCCAACCACCUGUAUCCUGUGUGUAGGACACGACUGGUAAUUUUUUAAAAAAAGAACCACCAAGCUUGUGCUAGAAACAACAAUGUCAGGUCUGAUCAAGCCAAAGGAAUACGACUGGAAGGACUCUAAUUUGGCUCUCUUUGGUUCAGAAACAGAAAAAAAUGUCAAAAAGGAAUCUGCACAAACCGAACCUGCCUGGAAGGAUGCUGGUAAAAAAGUUGGCCUACAGAUCUGGAGAAUUGUGAAAUUUAAGGUCACAGCUUGGCCAAAGGAAGACUAUGGUAAAUUUUAUGAAGGCGAUUCAUACAUUAUUCUAAAUACCUACAAAGAACCAGGUAAUGACCAGUUAUUAUAUGAUGUUCAUUUUUGGAUUGGAAGAUACAGCACACAGGAUGAAUAUGGUACAGCUGCCUACAAAACUGUUGAACUAGACACGUUGUUGGAUGAUGUUCCCAUUCAACACAGGGAAGUUCAGGGAUAUGAAUCUGACCUUUUUAGGUCUUAUUUCAAAACUAUUCAACUGCUGAAAGGAGGAGCAGACAGUGGCUUUAGACAAGUGAAGCCAACUGAAUAUCGGCCCAGACUUUUACAUUUCCAUGGUGAUAAGUUUGGAGUUUGUGUCAAAGAGAUACAACGCAAUCGGAGUGUACUUGAUAACUCUGAUGUUUACAUCCUUGACCUUGGACUUCGGCUCAUCCAGUGGAAUGGUUCUGGCAGCAAUAAAGAUGAACGAUUCAAUGCAAUGAGGUAUCUAAAAGGAAUUAUUGAGGAAAGGUGUGGAAAACCACAAUCAGAAGUCCUGGAUGAUGGGGCAGAAGAUACUGAAUUUCUUAGCUAUCUUGAUGAACAAAAUGAAGAGCUCCAUGACUUCAAGGCAGCAGACAGAACUGUGGAACUGUUUAGGCUGUCUGAUGCAACAGGAGCUUUAAAUUUCUCCCUAGAAAAAUCUGGUGUUAUCAGGAAAUCUGACUUUGAUACCAAGGAUGUCUUCAUAUUGGACACCAAAUCUGAGGUCUUUGUCUGGAUUGGAAAACAAACUACUGUCUCAGAGAAAAAAAAUGCCUUGGCAUAUGCUCAUUCGUACUUGCAGAGAACUGAUCACCCAUUAGUACCCGUCUGCUGCCUCAGUGAGGGUAGAUCAGUGAAGGCCUUUGAAACAGCAAUAGCUGCAUAAGCUGUUUGUACAUGCAAGGCAGUAAAAAGUCUGCAUUCAGUUUUUAAUUUU